AUGUCAGGCUAUGCUGAGAAAACAUAUGGAAGAAAGAGCAAAGAUGUUGAUGAAGCUCACGCAAUUUACCAACCGGAACAGAGUGAUAUCACCGGUAAUACCAUCAUCUUCACCCUCGUAGGGCUUUGCAUUCUUCUCUUCGUCUUCAUCAGCAUCGGUUUCUAUCUCAUAGCUAAGCCACUUAAAGCAAGCCUUACAUCCGUGGCUUUAAGAAACCUUGUGUACAACGAUACAUUAUCAUCAUCAUCGCCUUAUUUCAACGCAACACUAGCUAUGGAAAUCAGAAUCGAGAAUCCUAACUUUGGGUUCUUUGAGUUUCCAACUAGUAAUGGAGAUGUCUUGUACAACGGUCGUCUUGUUGGUGAAAUGAAGAUUAAUGGACAACGAGUGGCUCCAUAUACUGCCAUAAGAAGAGAGGUUAAGGCAGAAGUGAGUUACAAAGAGAAUCAGGGAUCAUCAUCUGUUUUGAAGAAUGAUAUAAAGAGAGGGCUUAUAAUCCUCAAGAUCGGAGCUAAACUGAGAGGUCAAGUACAUUUGGAGGCUUUGAGCAAGAGAACUGUGGAUUUCAAGUGUUUGAUGUAUAUUGAUAUCAAAGAUGAAGUGAUUCAACGUUUCUGGUGUAAAUGA